GGAUGACCUUGGUUGUGUACAAAGUCAUGGUUCGCUCUCCGUAUGGUUCCUGUGUAACUGGUAUAAAAAGCACCCUAUAUGUAUCACUCCAAACUCAUUCCCUGCUCUAACCACCACCUGUUAUACCAUGAAGGUUCUUGCCAUUCUCUAUCGUGGAGCCAAGGCUGCAGUUGCAGAACCACGUCUUUUGGGGACCGUUGAAAAUCAGCUUGGUUUACGCCCUUGGCUUCAAUCACUCGGCCACGAACUAAUCGUCUCCGACGAUAAGGAAGGACCCAGCAGCGACUUCCAAAAGCACAUAGCUGAUGCUGAAGUCCUAGUCACAACACCUUUCCACCCCGGAUAUCUGACAGCAGACCUUUUUGAAAAAGCCAAAAAUCUAAAGAUCUGUAUUACUGCAGGCGUGGGCUCGGACCACAUCGACCUUAAUGCUGCUGUAAAGAAAAGCGUUCAAGUCUUGGAGGUUUCUGGCUCCAAUGUCACAUCUGUCGCGGAGCAUGUCGUCAUGUCGAUUCUUUUGCUCGUCAGGAACUUUGUUCCUGCCCACGAGAUGAUUGAACGAGGCGAUUGGCAAGUAUCUGAUAUCGCCAGAAAUGCUUUCGACCUUGAAAAUAAGGUCAUUGGUACCAUCGGUGCCGGGCGGAUCGGGUAUCGUGUACUGCAACGCCUGGUUCCAUUCGACCCUAAAGAACUUCUUUACUACGAUUACACUUCUCUUCCUGACGCAGUAGCAAAGGCUGUGAAUGUUAGAAAAGUUGACGAUCUUAAAGAAUUCGUGUCUCAGUGUGACGUCGUGACUGUCAACUGUCCUUUGCACGAAGGUACUCAGGGACUUGUCAACUCAGACCUUCUUCAACACUUCAAGAAGGGGGCCUGGCUAGUUAAUACCGCCCGAGGUGCCAUCUGCGAUAAAGAUGCGGUUGCACAAGCUGUUAAGAGCGGCCACCUCAGAGGAUAUGCUGGUGAUGUUUGGAAUGUUCAGCCUGCACCAAAAGAUCACGUCUGGCGCACUAUGAAGAACCCUCUCGGCGGCGGAAAUGGCAUGGUUCCGCAUUAUUCGGGGACCACUCUUGACGCCCAGGCACGCUAUGCUAGUGGUACAAGAAGUAUUCUCGAGAAUUACAUUACCGGAAAAGCUCAGGACCCCCAAAAUGUUAUUGUAGGAAAAGGCAAAUAUGAGAGUAAAGCUUAUGGCCAACGUUAAUUGGGGUGGGCCAUGCCCGGGAUGAAUGUCCACUUCAAAGGCUUCAAAGGGACUAUGUACUAAUGUAUAAUAGAAAUUUCACGCUUGUUAUAUACACAUCAAUUUACAAGUCCGAAUACAGCUCGCACGUCCCCUAUCUCAGACUACAGUAAGAGUGGUGUUUAGGACGGCUAACGCGCUAUUGCCGAUCAUGAUGUUAAACUGCCCCGGCUCGACGACCCACUCUUCCCGUACGGUCCAUACCGCCAAUUGCCAAGACAUGACCUCGAUAGUAACGGUUUGAGACUGCCCAGCCGGGAUAUCCACUUUCGUAAACCCUAUCAGUUCCUGGUUUGGUGUCACCACGGAGCUAACAAUGUCCGUCAUAUACACCUGAACAACUUCUUUUCCAUCCCUUGAUCCAGUGUUAUGUACUGUUACUGUGACAUUAAAGUUCUCACUUGUGCCAAUAGUAGGGCUUGAUAAUUGUAAAUCGGUGUAAUUAAAGGUGGUAUAACUCAAGCCAUGCCCGAAACUCCAUGUAGGGACUGGGGUGUUAAGGACAUACUGCGUUAACUGGCUCAGCAUUAA